CGCCCCCUUGCGCCCUCUCCAGGACUCGGAGUACCGAGAGGCUCGAUCUCCCUCGCCUGAGCCCGCCCCCUCUACCCAGCGCCAGGCGGCGGAGCGCCGAGUCGCUCGAUGAGCGGGGGCGCUGCAGCAGAGCGGAGCGGUGGCGGCUCUGCGCCUUCGGCCUUCCCCCUCCCACCCUCCUUCCUCCGCUUCCCGCUCCCUCCCCCGCCCGCCCUGCGCUGCCAGCAGGGACUGCUGCCCGGAGCCCAUCGGAGACCGCAGGUGGUGGAUUCUUACUCUGUUGGGAAACACAGGAACAUUUGUGAGCAGGAAGUAUGCCUCCCAAGUUCAAGCGCCACCUAAAUGAUGAUGACGUGACCGGGUCUGUGAAAAGUGAGAGGAGAAAUCUUUUGGAAGAUGAUUCAGAUGAAGAAGAGGACUUUUUUCUGCGGGGACCAUCUGGACCAAGAUUUGGACCUAGAAAUGAUAAAAUUAAGCAUGUUCAGAAUCAGGUGGACGAAGUUAUUGAUGUAAUGCAAGAGAAUAUUACAAAGGUAAUUGAAAGAGGAGAGAGGCUGGAUGAACUACAGGACAAAUCAGAAAGCUUAUCGGAUAAUGCCACCGCUUUCAGCAACAGAUCCAAACAGCUUCGAAGGCAAAUGUGGUGGCGUGGAUGCAAAAUAAAAGCCAUCAUGGCUUUGGCUGCAGCGAUCCUUUUGCUAAUGAUUAUCAUUCUUAUAGUUGUGAAAUUCCGUACUUGAUUUGAUGACAGAGACCCUCAUUAAACAAGAUCUGGGACAAUAAUAUUUAAAGAUUGCUGCAUAAUGUAAAUGAAACCUAUGUAUAGAACUUUCAAAUUUUCUUUUUCAAGAAACUAAAAGGCAAGUACCAAUUCAAAUUGGAGCAUUGAGAAUAUCAAAUGAUCAUCUUUCCAACUAACAAAAUGUGUUUUGAAUAAUUAUAUUUGAUGUAGAAAUAUCUCUAUUUUGCUUUAUUCCAAGGAUCUAAUUUGAAACUAGAUACUUGCCAGUUUGUUAUUUGUAUAUAUAGUUGAACACUGAUAACAAUACCCCAUACUUGUGUUUUAGUUGCUUUAAAGACAUUUUAUUGCAUCUAAGGGAGAGUCAGUCUGGUGACCAGGAAGCCAAUGUAGAGUCCUGACUCUUUGCUGCAAGAGAUGCAUAACCAUCCUAUCAGUAUUUGCAAGAAUGUCAUUCUUUUCAUAUUGUAGUUGCUUUGCAGGCAAUUUCCACACUUAUGGAUUAACAAAAGCUAAGUGUUGUAAAUGUUUCUGCCUUCAGCUCUACCUGAAAACAUUCCAGUAAACCUAUUCUGACUGUAUAAGAAAAUACGUGGUAAUUUUUUGGUAUUUGGAUUUUGAAAAUGGGAAAUUUAAACAGUGUGAAAAUCAUAAUAUGGUACUAUAAAACUGGAGAUAAUAAAAUUAUUGAAGAAUGUCAUUGGAGUGUUUGAAAACGAGCACUAUGUAGCUCCCAGUCUUGGUCCAGUUGGUUGUCAGUUAAACUACAAUAAAAAGGGACUAAUUCUGACGUGAGUAAGUGAAGUCUGCAGGUAAUUUUUUUCUUGACUUCAUUUUUUUAGUGGUUUUCUCUGUUCAAUCUUAACUAACCCUGUGCCAGAGGUACUGAAGUUAGCACAGUCAUGUGCCUCUCACAUUAUAUUCUCAUGUUCUCUGACACUCCUGAAGAGAUGGGUGUUACAAGUGUUCAAACAGCCAGUGUCUGUAAGUAGCCGACUGUCAGGAGCAUAGGUGUCUUCACAUAAUCACUCAGUGACUGAUGCUGAGGGGCCACCAUUGACCCCAGCCUGCUCUUAGGACAAGUUGUGUUCCUUGUAAAGAGUACUGGCCUCUUAAUAUUGAUUAAAUAAGUCAAAGUGAAGGUGCUUCCUGAUGUGCAGGGGGAAGGCAGAGACCACAGGAACUUGUUCACAUGGACAUCUCAAGCUAGAAAGAAAGCUCACAGGGGUGGCCAGGAUUUGGGGUGGGAUUGGGGGACAAUGGUCCUGUAUAACAGAUAUUACUUUUUGUGAUCAUUUUAAUUCAAAAUGUGUAAAGCAAUUUGGAUUUUUCUUUGUUUAAUUCUACAAUGGUUAAUACUAACAGACAAAAUGUUUAGACUAGAAAGAAAUUUGAAAAGGUGGAAACAAGAUUAAGUGGUAGCCGAGCCGGGCAUGGUGGCACACACCUUUAAUCCCAGGACUCGGGAGGCAGAGGCAGACGGAUUUCUGAGUUUGAGGCCAGGCUGGUCUACAAAGUGAGUUCCAGGACAGCCACUGCUAUACAGAGAAACCCAGUCUUGAAAAACCAAAAAAAAGAUUAAGUGGUAGCCUAGGCAUCUAUAUAUAAUUGCUGGAGUUUACAGUUUGUUGCACACUGUGGAAAAUCGACUCUGGCCUUUUCACCAUGCUCGUCAAUUCCUGUGCACAGCAUCUGAACUGAGAAUACAUCAUUUGGAAAGAGAUGGGCCAAGGAGUGGUCUCCAUCCCAGCAGCUGGUGGUUCAGGGAUGGAGGUGUUUCCCCCUCAGCAGAGCUGAUCCCAGUGUGUUUGUCUUGUACCUCAAGUCAUGAGUUCCAUGCUUGGUGUGGAAGGCUACUGUCACUCAGUGUCUGUCAGCGAAGAUGAAGUGUUGGGUUUUCUUCUUUAAAAGACUCCAAAUUUCAAUCUUCUUUUAAUUACCUAUACCACUUUUAAACAAUUAUAAAACAUAGAAUUAUAAAGUUAAUUUUAAAACAUUAAUUAUAAAACAUAUUAUUUAACUACCUAUAUAUGUAGUUGUUUAUAUUUAAAGUUCUCGAAUCUGAGGAAAUCCUAUUGUCAUGGGACUGAGGAUUUUACAACAGUGAUGGCUUCAAUCCCAGUUUAUCACUUUGUCCCUUUUGGUCUUAUGUAAUUCUGAGAGCUAACAAUGACAUUAGGGUGAAAUACUGGAAAUGUGGGUGUUUCUACAAUAAGAUGCUGAGAAGAGCCAGAUGUGAUGGCUCAUACCUGUAACCCCUGCUCUGUGAACACUGAAGUAGGAAGGUUUCUCUGAUUUUGAAGCCAUCCUGGGCUUCAUGGUGUGUUCAGGACCAGCCUGGGCUAUAGAGUAAGAACCUGUCUGGGGGGAAAAAAAAAAGCCAACCAAGCCAACAAAUCAAAAGAGAGACAGUUGUCAGACUGAUGCCAGGCCUGCCUGCCUUCCCUCCUUAAUCAUUCUCUUUCUCAUUCAGCUCAGAUCAUCCUGCACUUGAAAAAAUGAAGCUUUACCACCAUCAAAACUAUCAUUAUUUAACAACAGUGAAGAUCAACAGAAAAAUUCAAGUAGCUUUGCUAAUGUUAGUUGAUGCCCAGUGAAAUCAGGUCACCACUGCCGUGCCUGAUGCGUGCCCCUGUGGUUUGUCUGUAACAGAAGCCUCUCCCUUGCAGCAGUUUGUGAUGAAUUGGGUUCCUCCUCCAUCAUAACCCAGUGUUAGUGUUGCCUGUGGUCUUUUUAUUCCUUUGUCCUAACAAAACUCACUGGGAAAUGUCCCAAAAGUUUAUAAACUGGGAAAUGUAUUGAUUGAGAGAAGGUCCAGUGCUGCUGAUGGAACAUUGUUUAAAAUGGAGAAAGGGUAACACACAUCAGAUGCAGAGGUGCCUGUGACUGCGUUCCUGCAGACUCUCAGUACAGUUCACUCUGGGUUCUGUGUUAGAAAGUAAUGUUGCCAUUCCGAUAGCAGCAGCCGGCACCUUUCUGUUCUGUAUGGCAUGUGGGUGCCCUCAGAUGUGACAAGAGCCUGACCUCUGUCCUAGUCACUUAACACCUGUUCUGUGUCCUGCCGGCACUGUAGACCAAACAGACUUGUAUUUACAUCUCAUAGAUAUUUUAUGGCUAGAAAAUAUGCAAGAAGUUUUUAGUGUUGAAAACAAAUGUCAUUAGGUGUUCUUGGUUGUGUUACUAAGUUAGGGACUGGACCACUAAUCAGAUUUUGUGGUUUCUCACAAAAAUUCUAUCGGAGUCAGCGUUACUUCUCUGUGAGUGAUAGUAAGAGCAUGACUCAGCCUAAACACAUGAGGGUGGGGGUUGCCAAAUAACAGCAGAAAGGCAGUGGCUCAGAAGACACAGAAAGAAUGUGCCUUCCCUUAGACUGACAGGGUCUGAGUUUAUCUUGUAUGUCUUGGUUCUUUCUGUUGGUUGGUUGGUUGGUUGGUUUUGUUUGGUUUUGGUUUUGGCUUUAGUUUUGUUUGCUUGGGUUUUUUGUUUGUUUGUUUGUUUGGGGUUUUUUUGUUUUGUUUUGUUUUGUUUUUGUUUUUGAGACAAGGUCUUACUGUGUGGCCCAGACUGGCCUCAGAUGCACACAGAGCCAUCGGCCUCCCACAUGCUGGGAUUAGAGGUAUGUGCCACCACACCCUUCAGCCCUUUUCUUUUUGAUCAAAGAAUCCCUGGGCUCAAGUUAUCUUUCCAGCUUAGCCUCAGAAGUAGCUAAGACUACAUGUGGGCACCAGCAUGAGCAGGAGAGCCUUUCCUUUAAGCCUGAUGUUAGUCUCACUUGGAUAUUUAUUUUCUUAUGUCAAGCAGAAUAAGGGUGGAACACACUUUUCUUCUAGCUCUUGUUUUAUUUUACAAGGCUGCUUAGGUUAGCAGAGAUGGGAAGAAAAACAUUGCUAAUACAGUUGGGAUAAAUGUAAGUUUGAGCUUAUAAAGCAAGGACCACACCACAUUGUGUCUCUCAGCUGCAAUCCCUGUGUGUAUGGCUGUGCCCCAGAAGUCACACCGUGCUGGUGGUGUACAAGUGAGGGCUGAUUUCCAGUGUGUGCCAAGAAGUAACAUGAUUGAGGUAGGUGAACCUCAAGAUAAAAGAGUUCUUAUGAUUUAGUAUUGAAAAAUUCUGGUUUUAUGAUGUUGCAUUCGAUUCUUUUCACUUGAAAAGUCAUAUAUUUUAAAGCUGUAAAUUGUAUAUGUCUGAGGAUUUAGUAAAAUGUCAGAGAUCAAUCUAUAAGAAAAUUCAAACAUUGUUUUUAUAUCUUAGUAGUAUGUCAUUAUUUUAGAUCUCACAAUCCCUAAUUUAACCAUUUCGGCAAGUGCCUUUGACACAUAAGGAGUAUUAUGGGAGAUGAGCAAAUGUAGUGCCACACCCCAUUUCCCGGCUUGUCAAUGCCUCGUGAUGGUAUAUGUUUUACAGUGCUGCACAGUUCAGUUCUUUGUGUUCAUAUGAGAUUGUAUUGUAGCCUUUCCAUAGCAAACAGCAAAAUAAACCAUUUUGCAGAAAAUGAAAAGUAA